AGCGAAGCGCUGCUGAUGCCCACGAGAUGACUCACAGCCGGCUGACAGACCUGUUGCAGCAAUAUGCAACUGCCUUCAGGGACCCCAUGAUGCUGCAGCCCCCAGAGUGGUUCAAGGCGUUCAUCUACUGUGAAGCUUUUCUCCAGCUGCCCUUCUUCCCCAUCGCCGCCUACGCCUUCCUGAAAGGUGGCUGCAGAUGGAUCAGGACUCCUUCCAUUAUCUACUCCACCCACGUAGCCACCACUCUGUUUGCCAUCCUGGCCCACAUCCUGUUCCAUGACUUCUCCAAGUCGGAGCAUGCGGGCCCUCAGACGCUGCGUGAGCGCCUGGUGCUGCUCUCCAUCUACCUGCCCUACCUGCUGAUCCCGCUGCUGCUCCUGUUCACCAUGCUCUGCAACCCCCACUACAAACACGUGGAGAAGAGGAAAAGGAAGUAGCUGGCUCUGGAAGGCGUACACACCACAUCUGUGCUGCAUUUGGUUCCGACCCUACGCUGGCGGAGUCCUCUGGGACAAACGUCUCCCUCGUGUUGGCUGCAGCAGCUCUUCCCCGAGCCCUGGCUGCUGCAAGGAAAAAUGGAAUUGGCUGGAGUGCACAGCCCUGCUUUGACCACACACUGCUCUGGCAGGGACCUGGGCCAGCCUGGGGUUGGGUCUGUGCAAGGCCACUCUCCCAGGAAAAUGGACUUUUAACCCUUUGAUGUUUAACUCAGAGGGAACACACGUUCACUCACUCACUCAUUCACUCACUCACUCACUCACUCACUCACUCACUCACUCACUCACGCUCUGCAGCUGAUACUGUUCUUCCAAGGUCCCUUUUUCCAAGAUGACUGCUUGGAAACCACUCAAAUAGGAAAUAAUGUCUUCCAACCACAUAUGUUGAAGAAUCCCCAACACAUUACACACAGAUUUGCAAAGCUGUUCUUCUGAAGCAUUUCAAAUCAUAUCAUGGUUGUUAACUUCCUUGCCCCUUCCUUUAAAAUCUCCACUGCCUUUGCUCUGCUUCAUUUUGAUUAAUUAUAAAUGUCUGAUCAAUGAUAAAUGUGCCAAAAUCUGGAUUUAUGAAUGCUUAAAGUUACCCUUGACAACCAGGAGUACUGCCUAGAGGAUUCUGAAGUACUUCAGAAAUUGUAACCAAGGAGUUGGAAAUUUCUUUCUUCUCUAAAAUCACUUCUGGUAUGGAAAUAAAUAACUAAACGCAUUAAAAUGCAUUCAGUCUUCUUCAAGGAAUGGCUGAAGGAACUUACAGUGACCACUAGAGUUCACAGAGUAAAUCCAAGCAGAAAUUACAACUACAGGUAGGAGUUCAGUGGUUGGGGUUGGUUUUGAUCUGGAGCCUGGUGAGGUGACAGGCCCCAUGAAGCUGCUCCAGCACUACUGGUACGUUUUAGACUUCACUGUGUAAAAGUUGAAGCUUUCCCCAGGCUUUGGAAAGGGCAGCAUUUCCAUACUGAAGUGUUAAAGACAUACACAAAAUGUAUCUAUUUGCACUUCAACAUGAGGCUUGAGUUCACACCUGUGUUAGAUAUAUAUAGUUUGUGCACUCCUGGUGUCACUGACACUUGGAAUGGUUUCCCUCAUCAGCCUGGC